GGCAAUCAGCAGCUUGCAAGGCCGAUUGAUAAAGCUUGAAUAUCACUGGAUGAUGGAAUGCAUAUGGAUAUCAAAAAAAGAGUUCUAGAAAUCAAUGAUUAUGAUGAUGGCCACAAUUCUUACUUUUUCUUCUUGAAUUUUGAAUCUAUUGAAUUGAAUGUAUUCAUGUCUUUGCAUAUGAAUCCCAUCCAUCCAAGCUGAUGUCGAAAUCUCACAGUCUCCUACGCCUUAUUAGAAGACGGGCCUCGAAGCUCUCCUCUGCUUCUUCAACAUGCCAAACGAAGCUUGCCACUACAUACAUAUGUCAGAAAAGUGCACGAUGUCUAGCUACUGUCAACGCAGGACCUAAGGUCCUACCAGAUAUUUGGUUUACCGGCUCAAACCCUCAAAAUGAGGAUUCGCUUCCAAAUCCCAAAAAUUCAAAUAAGCCUCCCAACAAUGAGAGAACAGUCAAACUUGGCAAAACUCUCCGCAUUCUCCAAGAACGUCUUCCUACCCUCCUCCAGUCUCCACUUCCCCAAGAAAUCCUCUCCCCGCAAAUAACCCUCCACCUCUUCCCCUCCACGCAUCCCCAUCUCCCCACUGUCUCCGGUCGCGUCGCAUAUUCCGCCGCUCUAUGGACAUCUCCUAUUGCCUGGGGUCGUGUCCCCCUCGUCGGAAAUGUGAAGCUUGAAAUACUUUCUGAGCGGAUGAGCCAAACAUCUUCAUGUAGAGGAUCAACUCGCGAACAAUUAAUCGUACGAUGGAAGACCAUUGGCAAGACGAAGAAUAAAGGGACAGGAGGGUUUUAUAAGGGGAUAGGGGCGCGAGAGAACGUGGAUAAGAUUACAGAGUGGUUGGGUGGUGGAAGUGGUGAGGAUGAUAGUAAAGAAUUUACUGGACUUUUCCUCUUUGAAUUCGAUGAGGAGGGAAGGAUCUGGUCGCAUACUAUUGAGCACGUACAAGAGGGGGGGAAUUGGGAAAAGGGUGUAGGCGCUAAAGUUGUUGGGUUGACGGAUUGGCUUUUGGGCGGGAUGAAAAACGGGAGAGGGGAUGAGGGGUCUCCUUGUCCAGCCUUUUGGGUGCAUGACCAAGAUCUAGGGAGGCGAUGAGAAAUUAAGGAGGGAUUGUAUUAUACAUGGGAUGAAAACGAUUGAUAUGGGACAUGAAAAUGAUUGAUAUGGGACAUGAAUUGAUUUAGCGUAUUGGUGUUCGGAUAAAAAGAUAUGCUUGGGACCUUGUACGAAUACUGGACGUAAACACCUCUCAAUGAAGUAAUAAAACAACUACUGAAACUCCCA